AUGGAUGUAACAGAAAAGAUUGUUUAUGAACACAUACAAAUCAAUUACGGUGACUAUGAUCACGCCUAUGAAGGUGGUAUCUCCAAUGAUGAUUCUUGCAUUGGAGGAGAUGAUUUUACCUCAGUUACGUGUUUGAUUUUUCUCGAGAGGGUGGCUGAAGAUGGCGUUCGAGUAUGGGCUAGCCUUCAGUGUGACUGCCAGUUCCAUCUAGGUUGUUCAUGUGGUUGUGUCUAUUGA